GCUUCUAUCCUUUACAUCAUCUCUAAUAUCUGUAGAUCAAUCUUCCGUUGUUCUAAAAAGUUUUUAUGGAUUUACUUUUACUAAUCAUUAUCUUUGUAUCCGGCUUAUUAUGUUUAUCUAUCUUUGGUCAUCUUGAACCGAUAAGAAAUGGACUUAAUAGGUUCAAUAACAGGUUGGGAGAAAGAGCACCGGAAGCUGCUGGAUCAUGGCCAGUAAUUGGUCACUUGCAUCUUGUAGCAGGUUCCCAAGUUCCUCACAAACUCUUGGGCUCUAUGGCUGACAAGUUUGGACCAAUUUUCACUUUAAAACUUGGUGUUAACCGAGUUCUAGUUGUUAGUAAUUCUGAUAUGGCUAAAGAGUGUUUAACUACCAAUGAUAGAGUCUUCGCUAGCCGACCAAAAGCCAUGGUAAGCGAGUUGAUGGGCUACAACUAUGCUAAUUUCGGCCUUGCUCCAUAUGGACCAUACUGGCGUCAUAUUCGUAGGAUAAUUGUGCUUGAAAUGGGGUCUCACCAUCACCUUCAGAUGCUUGAACAUAUCCGAGUCUCUGAAGUGAAUUCAUCCUUAAUAGACAUCUACAAAACUUGGGUAACAAACAAAGGAUCUUCUGAGACAGUAAUGGUUGACAUGAAACAAUGGUUUGGAAACUUAGUUACAAACAUGGUUGUAAGGAUGAUGUUUGGCAAUCAUUUUUCGGCCAGUGAACAGAAUCGAGAUCAGUUUCAGAAGGCAAUUAAGCAGUUUGGGGAGGUGAUGGGUGGGUUUGUUCCAUCAGAUGCCAUUCCAUGGUUGAGGUGGUUAGAUCUAGGAGGGUUUGAGAAGAAGAUGAAGAAGACGGCAACAGAGAUAGAUCUAGUAAUUAAUGGAUGGUUAGAAGACCGCAAAAAGAAGAUGAAUUCUAGUUCUACACAGCAGGAAGAUGAUAGCCGGGACCAAACAUGUUUCAUGGCUGCGUUGUUAUCCGGUGUUAAAGAAGAAGUGAAAGAGGAAGUUUAUGGCUUCAGCACUGAUGAGAUUGUAAAAGCAUCAUGCUUGGCAAUAUAUGGAGCAGCUACUGACACGACAACGGCUACUCUAACAUGGGCUUUAGCUUUACUAGUCAACCACCCUGUGGUCUUGAGACAAGCUCAACAAGAGCUUCAAAGCCAUGUUGGAAGAGACAGGAAAGUUGAAGACUCAGACAUGAACCACUUGGUCUAUCUACAAGCCAUUAUCAAAGAGACAAUGCGUCUUUAUCCAGCUGCACCGCUUUCUGUUCCUCAUGAAUCCACAGAAGACUGCAUUGUAGGAGGUUACACUAUCCCUAGAGGGACUCGCCUUUUAGUAAAUAUUUGGAAGAUUCAUCACGAUCCACAAAUAUGGGCCGCUCCAUUUGAGUUCCGACCUGAGAGGUUCUUGACCAGCAAUAAAGAAAUAGAUGUGAAGGGUCGGCAUUUUGAGUUGAUUCCAUUUGGAAGUGGUCGAAGAAUAUGCUUGGGGAUGUCCUUUGCUCUUGAAGCUGUGCAGUUGAUACUGGCCAACAUAAUACAUGGAUUUGAGUUCCAAAACCCAUCAAAUGAUCAAAUUGACAUGACGGAAAGUCCUGGAUUAGUUAAUCAUCUAGCUACUCCACUUGAGCUACUUGUUGCACCUCGACUAUUGCCAUAUGUGUAUGGAGACGUGGUUUAGGCCUCUACCUUCCUGUUGUAUCUCCAGGAGCCCUAUGUUUGCGUAUCAUGUGUGGGGAUUCGUGUGCUUUGCCAGGUGCUAUAAAAAAACAAAUAUAUGCUUUAAGUGUGUAUGUAAAUUCGUCACAAAUAACACUUGCUAAUACCAAGAUGUGUAUGUUAUUAUGACGUGCUUUUUAAACAAAAGUGAUGAUAUUGAAGAAUAAUU